CGCUCCCGGGAGCAGGGCGGGAGGGCGCUCCGCCGUUACCAGGGCGACAGACUCGGCCGCCCGUGGACGCGAGCUUGAGACGCCGCCAGCGAGGAGGCCCGGUGGCGGCGGGCGGAGAGGCGAGCGGGAGGGAGGAAUGUAGAGGCGGAGAGAGAAACACGAGCCGCUGAGGGAGGUGUGGAGAGGAGGGGGACUUUCGCUGCUCUCCCCCGCAGAUGUUGGUGUCCGGUUGUUCAGCGCUGCUGUUCUGAGGACACCGCUGCCUGGCUCUGACACUUCAGGCAGCUCGGGUGUCCCAGCGCUUUCCACAGUGAGCCGAGCUCGCAGGAGACACAUUCCUACACACACAGUUGUAGUGCUGCUGGGGCCGCGCAGCAGUGGCUCUCCGGUGGGCCUAGCCGGGCUGGUCCUGUCACAGCGAUGCCGCGGUGUGUGAGGACGGGCCGGAGACGGGCCGGGCUGUCUGGACCAGCGGGUCUUGGGGUGCUGGUGGCAGGGCUGCUGAUGACGGCGCUCGGCGGGGCAGCAGGGUACCCCAGCUGGAGGGCAGAGAUGGAAUCGGGCCUGUCAGCCCUCCGGCAGUCCUAUGUCAUUCCUGGAACCCAGGGCCAGCUGGCUGAGGUCCUGGGGGCGCGAUCCAGACGCUACGCCAUCAACCCCAUGGGCCACAAGUGGGAGCACUUCAACAUCACUUACAAGAUCACCCAGUUCCCCAGCACGCUGUACCGAGAGGACACGCGGCGUGCCAUCAGCAUCGCUUUCAACAUGUGGAGCGCCGUGUCCCCCCUCAGCUUCACGGAGGUCCCCGCGGACAGCCCUGCGGACAUCCGCAUCGGUGAGCCCCGACUGCACAUCCAGCUCCCUGAGCUCCCGGCCUGCAGGGGGAGGACGAGGAGAAGGACACAGGACACGGAAAGGGGGAUGUAG